AUGUAAAAAAAAAAAAUCAUAGAAAAGAUCAUAUUAAGAAAGUAAAAAAAAAUCAUUGAGAGAGACCCAAUCCCUACUCUUCUUCCUUCUUCCUUCUUCCUUCUUCCUUCUUCCUCACCUCUGCUUCUCAGCUCGGAAAAAAUCCAAAUAACUCCUACUCAAUUCUACUUACAUCUUCAUCUCCAUCUUCUCCGCCAUAGCCACACAAGAACUAUUAUUUUCAUAUUCUUUACUAUAAUUGCCUGCUUACCCUAAACUACCUUAGCUUCCCUCCUUCACUCUGGGCCAAAACCCAUUUUCUCCAUUUGACUAGUUCAACUUUGUUUAUAUACAUGCCCAUGUCUAUUAUAAUACGGAUUAGAUAUUGAAAGAAUCUCUUUGAGCUUUGCUUUUGGAUGAUGGGGGGUAAUGGUAAGCACAGGUGGAAGAUCUCCUUCUAUCGCUCCUCCUCUUCUAAUUCGUCUCCCUCGACCUCGAAAAUGGAUAUCAAGCCACCUCCUAUGGAUUUCGUCUGCCCCGUUUAUGGUACUUUGAUGGCUGACCCAGUUAUCGUCUCCUCCGGUCAGACCUUCGAGCGGGCUACUGUACAAGUAUGCAGAGAUUUAGGGUUUUCGCCCAAGCUUGAAGAUGGGUCUCGACCCGAUUUCUCAACCGUGAUUGCUAACAGGGCCAUCAAGUCGACGAUUGCUCAUUGGUGCAACGAUUCAGGUAUGGAGCACCCGCGUCUGCCGGAGUACGAAUCCGUCGAGAAGGUCGUUCGAGCUCUAAUGGCGGCGGAGGAGGAGGAGAAGCUGAGCAGGUCGCGGAAACCGGACCUUAGGGUUUCGGAGCGGGAGCUGCUCCGCGGUGUGGCUGAACAUCCGCCUGUGAUAUUCUCCCACGCGACGACUGAGUUGGGCCACCGAGUCAACCAUUUCUACUCUAGCUCUUCGGAGGAAUCGGUCGUCAUUCCGGGUACGUCGAAUCCGGGUACUCCUCUUCCCCUCACGACUAGACCUCUCUGCUACUCUUCCUCGUCUUCCUCUGAAAUCGCAGAGCUUGAUGCCCUAACCGGAAUCCCCAAUUCCAACGGCCCGGUUUCGGAGGAAGAAGAGAAUUUGUUGAAGAAGCUCAAGAAUCCCGAAGUCGUGGAGCAAGAAGAAGGCGUGAUUUUGCUGAGAAAGAUGACCAGAACAAAAGAGGAGCUUAGGGUUUCGCUCUGUACUCCUCGGCUUCUCGUAGCUCUGAAACCUUUGAUUACUUCUAGGUACGCCGUUGUCCAAACAAACGCCAUAGCUUCCUUAGUCAACCUCUCGCUCGAAAAGCCGAACAAGGUGUUGAUCGUGCGGUCAGGAUUCGUGCCAUUCUUGAUCGACGUCCUCAAAGGCGGCUCGAGCGAGUCGCAGGAGCACGCCGCUGGAGCUCUCUUUAGCUUGGCAUUAGAAGACGAGAACAAAAUGGCAAUCGGCGUUCUCGGCGCUUUGCCGCCGCUUAUGCACGCACUCGUCCGGUCUGAGAGCGAGCGGACUCGGCACGACUCAGCCCUAGCCUUGUACCACUUGACACUGGUUCAGAGCAACCGAGUCAAACUCGUGAAACUCAACACGGUCCCGACUCUAUUGGCCUUAGCCCAAACCGGAUCUUCCGCGAGCCGGGUCUUGCUGAUUCUCUGCAACUUGGCGGCUUGUCCGGAGGGGAGGUCCUCCAUGCUCGAUGCCAAUGCGGUGGAGUGCCUUGUUAGUAUGCUUAGGAGGAAUGAGUUGGACUCCGAGUCGACUCGCGAGAACUGCGUUGCAGCUCUGUUUGCACUGAGCCAUGGAAGCAUGAGGUUCAGAGGGUUGGCUAAGGAAGCCAGGGCUGUGGAGGUUUUGAGGGAGAUCGAGGAGAGAGGGAGUGAGAGGGCUAGAGAGAAGGCUAAGAGGAUGUUGCAGAUGAUGAGAGGGAGAGAUGAAGGAGAAGAUGAAGAAGGAGACUGGGAAGCGGCGCUUAACUCCGGCAGUGGACUCACUGGGUCAAGGUACCGAGUUGGGGUUGCCGGGAGGAAUAUGCAUAUGUUACAUAGUGCAAACUCAACGACUUUUUAAUUAAUUUUUUUUUCUGUUUUCUUUUUUUAUCUUUUUAUCUUUCUGUAGGUUCAGUCUGUAAAUUUUCUAUUUCGGUCCUUAAAGGAAAGAAAGAAAAAAGUAGUAAUUUUUUAUGUUGUGUUGGGGGAAUGAUUUUGAGCUGACUCGGUACUGAGUUUAGUGACGAGUUUGGCAAUUGGGUAUUUUUGGGGUAGAUAUGGGUGUAAUUAUUUGGUGGGUUGGAGCAUGUUCAAUGGUGUUUUUGUUUGGUUUUAUUUUUAACACUUAUUUUGAUUGUUUGUCGACAAUGUGUGUUCAAAGUUUUUACUAUGUAGAAUAACAUAUGUAAUUUAAUUAUGGUUUAAUUAAUGAUUUCAUUUCAUUCAA